GAUUUGUGCAGCUGUAUAUACAGCUCGUACGUGAGGCUGUACGUGAGGCUGUACGUGAGGCUGUACGUGAGGCUGUACGUGAGGCUAUACAAAUCGGAAAGGAUGCGCCGUAAAACGGAGAGGCUGUAUAGCCAUGUCGAUUCGUAUAGCCUCACGUAUAGUCUCACGUACGAGCUUACAUACGGCAGAGAUGCACGUGCAGAUAGACGUAAGGGUGAAUGUUCGGAGGCUUCCUGCCGGACCUCCGAGCCAAUCAGAAGCGGUAAAGUAGGGGGUGUAUGAUCAUUCGAAAGGGGGUGUACGAUUAUUCGUUAGGGGGUGUACGAUUAGCCCUCCCC